UUGACAACAAACACACGUGCAGAAUUAAUUUAGUUAAAAUUAAUGGAGAAACACAACUUUUGUUACAAUGUAUACAGUUGCAUUGACGUUCUGUGCAAGAAUGACGCCAGGGCAUCAAAAGAUUUGUCUCGAUUUCUUAGUAAACAGAUAUGGGCUCCAGAUGAUAGGCAACUUGUGUUAGAAACGCUUGCCAAUUUAUUUAUUCAAGUAAAAGUAAGCAGGUUCGGAGAAGUUAUCCGACCAAUUCUGCUGGACAUCACGACAAGAUGUGCCACACAAAUUGAGAAGUCAGGAACGCCCUUUGAACAGCAUGUGUUGUUUUGCCUAGCAAUAGCAGACUGCUUGAAGUGGCCAGAUAUUCAAAAAUUUACUCUUGGCUAUAUACAAGGAAAGACCAGCUUUUUGUCUGUUGGAGAGCGCACCUCAAAAGAACCAAAGAAGAAAAAGCUAAGAAAAUGCCAGAGCCAAAACAAAUCGAAGUGCAGAGCUGCAUGGUUGUUUGUGAAGUACUUAGGGGAAAGUGUGGAGGAGUUCCUUCCCCUGAUUGAUAUAUUGCCAUUUGUACAGUGUGAACAUCUGGAGACAAAAUGGUAUGCCUGCCAUGCUGUCAUGACACGACAGAGGAUGUCAGCUGCUCAGAGGAUGGCCUAUAUGGAGCUACAUUUCACAGAUAAGGAGACCAGGGAGCUGAGAUUGAGCCUGGGAGAAGAUAUGAUUGACCAUUCCCAGGAAUCAAAGCAUGCCACAUUUGUACCAGAACACACCAAUGAGCUGUCACACACACGCCACAUGAUCUUGGGGUCUGAUUUCUGUGAUAAGGUCAUAUGUGUAGGUGGGGUACUGCUGUCAAGGAUACAGGUCUCUCAAUCAGAUAUGAAACUGGACCUACUACCAGUGCCAUCCAAUGAGACCAACUUACACAGCAUAGCAAUGGCCGUGUCCUCGGGCUCACCAGUGCUACUGCAGGGGGUGGUCGGGUCAGGGAAGACAACUCUUGUAGAGCACCUGGGCAAACUGACUGGCAGAGUUUCCCCCCCUGCCUUAAUGAAGAUCCAACUUGGGGACCAGAUAGACAGCAAGGCUCUACUGGGCACAUACCGUUGCACAGAAGUACCCGGUGAGUUCAUAUGGCAACCGGGAGUGCUGACCCAGGCAGUAACUAAUGGUUACUGGGUGCUAAUGGAGGACAUAGACUAUGCCCCCAUGGAGGUUGUCUCGGUCCUGAUGCCCCUGCUGGAGACUUGUACCCUUUCCAUACCCGGGCAUGGGGACUGCAUACGCGCCGCACCUGGAUUUCACCUGUUUGCUACUCAGAGACUGGUCGGUGGCAGUUCCGGGUGGCAGAAACAGCAGACGGGAACCAGUCAGCUUCUAGACAAGCUGUGGACCAGCGUUCUGGUGGAGCCACUUUCUCGCUCAGAACUCAAACUUGUGAUAUGCACCAAGUUCCCCAAGCUGGAGACGGUGGUUGACCGUCUGCUGGACAUCUACUUCCUAUUGUCUGCCGGCAACCACCAGGGGGCGCUGGAGGAUGCCAUGGCAACACAAGAGGAGAGUGUGGGAAAGUUCCUCACCAGAGAUGGUAGACUCAUUUCCACAAGAGACCUUAUAACCUGGUGCAGCAGAAUUGCAAAAGACUUUGAUGUGUCGUCAACAGCAACAGGCAAUCUCGUGCUACAAGAAGCUAUGGAUUGUUUUGUAGCCUGCCUAUCCAAACCCAGCAAACGUCUGCCGUUAGCAGAAGCAAUUGGUGCUAAACUUAAUGUGCCUAGUGUAAAGGUGCAGUACUACAUGGAUCGUUACAAGCCUGAGGUCACUGUGACAACCAGCAUGUUCACAGUGGGGCGUGUGUCACUACCUGUGCAGCAGACGUCACCUUUCAUGCAGAUGAGGACACGUAGUACAUUCUCCUACACCCGCCAGUCCAGUGUAUUGCUAGAGCGUGUUGCCAUGUGUGUUUUAAACAGGGAACCAGUACUGCUGGUUGGAGAAACUGGAACCGGAAAGACAUCAUCCGUUCAGUUUCUGGCUGAACAACUUGGUCACAAGCUUCAUGUGAUCAAUAUGAACCAACAAAGUGACAGUGCAGAUCUGCUUGGAGGGUUCAAGCCGGUUGACGUCAGACACGUCAUCAAGCCUUUAUUUGAGGAGUUUGAACUUCUCUUUUGUAAGAGCUUCUCCCGCAAGCAGAAUGCAAAGUUCCUGGGGCAUUUACAGGACUGUUUUAACAAAAAGAAAUGGGACACUUUGUUUCAAUUGAUUGACCACUCCAGCAAAUCAGCCUUGACAAAGUUUGAGAAUGAAGCAAAUAUUUUGGAGAAAUGGACAGCCCUAUACAAGAGACUUGGUCAGUUGAAGUUACAGGUCCAGCAGACAGAAAAUGCACUGGCAUUUACAUUUGUUGAGGGCAGUCUAGUGAAGGCUAUACGAGCGGGCGACUGGGUGUUACUGGAUGAGAUUAACCUUGCCGCCAUGGAAACGCUCGAGUGCCUCAGUGGGCUACUGGAGAGUACUGCGGGCUCCAUACUGCUCAUGGAACGCGGAGAUUUGGAGCCAGUGGUGCGACACCCCAAUUUCCGCCUGUUCGCCUGUAUGAACCCCGCUACAGAUGUGGGCAAAAAGGAUCUGUCACCUGGCAUCAGAAAUAGAUUCACAGAGCUGUACGUGGAUGAACUUGAAGACAGCCAGGAUCUGAAGAUCCUCGUGUGUGACUAUCUGCGUGGGCUAUCUCUCACUGCCGGACAGGUGGACGGCAUUGUAAAAUUCUACCUGACCAUACGAGGUGAGGCAUCGCGCAGGCUGACAGACGGGACCGGGCACCCACCACAUUACAGCUUACGUACACUAUGCAGGGCGCUGAAGUUUGCAGCAAAGAAUAGUUGUGACUCAAUACCGCGGUCUUUGUAUGAGGGUUUCUGCCUGAGCUUCCUGACCCAGCUAGACCGCUCCUCCCACCCCGUCGUGGAGCAGCUGGUCUCCCAACAUGUCCUGGGCAAGGCCAAUGUCAAGGCUGUCCUGAAACAGGCCCUGCCAGCCCCCACUAGGGGCCGCUGUUUGAACUUUGAGGGCUACUGGGUAGGGGUUGGUGAUCUGGAACCCUUCACACCGCAAGACUAUAUUUUGACGCCGUCUGUGCGGGCGAAUUUGAGGGACCUGGUGAGGGUUGUCUCUUCUGGGCAACACCCCGUCCUUCUACAGGGAGAGACGUCAGUGGGUAAAACCAGUCUCAUCCAUUGGCUGGCCCAGAGUAGUGGGAACACCUGUGUGCGCGUCAAUAACCAUGAGCACACAGAUCUGCAGGAGUAUGUCGGGUGCUACGCUGCAGACGACAGCGGCAAACUGGCCUUUAAAGAAGGUGUCCUGGUUGAGGCCAUGAAGCUCGGUCACUGGAUCAUCCUAGAUGAGCUCAACCUGGCCCCUAGCGAUGUGCUCGAGGCUCUCAACCGUCUCCUUGACGACAACCGAGAACUCUUCAUCCCGGAGACCCAGGAGACCGUGAAGGCACACAGCCGCUUCAUGCUGUUUGCUACCCAGAAUCCUCCUGGCCAUUACGGUGGCAGAAAGAUGUUAUCAAGAGCCUUCAGAAACCGAUUCGUCGAGUUGCACUUUGAUGCAAUCCCGAACAAAGAGCUUGAGACGAUUCUCCAUGAGCGCUCCGAGAUCCCACUCUCGUACGCCAGACGUCUGGUGGGCGUGAUGUUGGAGCUGCAGACUCGGCGCCGGGGCUCGGGUGUGUUUGCCGGCAAGACGGGCUUCAUGACCCUGCGUGACCUCUUCCGCUGGGCGCAGAGGUACAAGUGCCCAGAGCUGGAUGACAGGAAGUUCUAUAACUGGGAUAAGCACCUGGCUGAUCAAGGGUACAUGCUACUGGCUGGGCGUGUCCGUAAACCCGAAGAAGCAGAGGUCAUUAAAGAGGUCAUUGAGAAACAUUUCAAAUGCAAACUCUCCACUGAAAGUCUGUUUACACUGAACCAGUCCACUUCCCUGACUUCCAAGUCAACACUGGAAAGUGUUCUUGACCAAUCAGCAGAGGGCUUUCAUCACAUCGUUUGGACCUCCAGCAUGCGAAGAUUGGCGGUUCUGAUUGGUCAGGCCAUCAGAUACAAAGAACCAGUACUCUUGGUUGGAGAAACUGGAUGUGGAAAGACUAUCAUGUGUCAGCUGUACGCAGCCAUCUACAAGAGCCGACUACACAGCGUGAACUGUCAUCUCCACACAGAGAGUGCUGACUUCCUGGGAGGUCUGAGACCCGUGAGGUCACAUGACGAUGAACAUAAGGACAAGCUGUUUGAAUGGGUAGACGGCCCACUAGUUCAGGCGAUGAAAGGCGGUGCCAUGUUUUUGGUGGACGAAAUCUCAUUGGCAGACGACAGCGUGCUGGAAAGGUUGAAUAGCGUGCUGGAACCUGAGCGGACAAUCCUAUUGGCUGAGAAAGGAGGUGGUGAUGGGGCAACCAAUCAGGUGGAGCAGGUGGUUGCUAAGGAUGGUUUCCAGGUGUUCGCCACUAUGAAUCCUGGUGGGGACUUCGGGAAGAAGGAGCUCUCGCCAGCCUUACGGAACAGGUUCACUGAAAUCUGGUGCCCGCCUAGCAACCAGCGCCAGGACCUGGUGGACAUCAUCGAGCACAACUUGCAUUCUGGGAUACACCUUGGCAACCAGGAAGACGGUACCAGCGGCAUUGGGCGGGCGGUCAUGGACUUUGUGGAGUGGUUCUCGAACAAUGAGCUAGGGAGGAGGUGCACUGUGAGUAUAAGAGACAUAUUGACUUGGGUCCAGUUCAUAAACACCUGCUCCAGGAAGGUCAGCUCUGCCGAUGCCAUGGAAACAGAUGAUGUGACCUUGAACCAACUUGACCCUGCUGUGGCCUAUAUACACGGGGCUUGUUUGGUGUUUUUGGAUGGUCUAGGAGCAGGCACAACCAGUCAAGGAAAAGAUGUUGUUGUUGGACAGUUACGUGCAGCCAGUCUUAGUUUCCUGAUAAGGCAGGUGAACUCUCUGACCCGGCAAGAGUAUGACCUUGAUGACCUUGGACUCCUUGACGACAGUCACAUGACCAAACAAGCUGUCAUGGAAACGGUGGAAGACUUUUGCAUACCACCUUUUAGUGUUGCCAAAGGUGACAAGAAAUCCCAUGACAAUGCACGGUAUGCCCUUGAAGCCCCUGGCACAUGCAGGAACGCACAGCGCGUGUUAAGGGCCCUACAGUUGCCCCGCCCCCUACUGCUGGAGGGCAGCCCUGGGGUGGGGAAGACCAGCCUGGUGACCGCGAUAGCCCGGGCGUCCGGACGUGACCUUGUCAGAAUAAACCUCUCAGAACAGACUGAUGUGACAGACCUGUUUGGGGCUGACCUGCCCGUGGAAGGGGCCGAGGGAGGCAGGUUUGCCUGGAGGGAUGGACCCCUGUUGCAGGCCCUGAAAGCUGGCAGCUGGGUCGUCCUAGAUGAGCUGAACCUCGCGUCCCAGUCUGUGCUUGAGGGACUCAAUGCCUGCCUCGACCAUCGUGCAGAGGUUUACAUCCCCGAGCUCGGCAAGACGUUCCACAUACAGCACGAGAAGACACGCCUGUUUGCCUGUCAGAAUCCUCUCAACCAGGGUGGUGGUAGGAAAGGGCUGCCCAGGUCCUUCCUGAAUAGAUUUACACAGGUGUACAUAGAGCCUCUAACGGUGGCAGAUCUGAUGUUCAUUGCCAGUACGAUGUACACAGACAUUCCAAAGGAAAUACUCCAGAACAUGGUGCACUUCAUUAGAAAGAUGUAUGAGGAAACUGGGGCACAGGGGUCAUGGGGUCAGAAAGGAGGACCAUGGGAGUUCAACCUUCGUGACCUCUUCAGAUGGUGUGACCUUCUUAGACAAAACCAGCGGCCUGAGAACCUUGAUCCAGGCGAGUACCUAGGCUUGGUGUUUGCUGAUAGGAUGAGGACACCUGCUGAUAAGCAAAAGGUUUACAAUCUCUACAUAUCAGUGUUUGAAGACUCGAAAGAACCCUAUCAGUGUUCCGGAGUGUUCCACUUUGACCCUGACCAGGUGCAAGUGGGUCACUCCUUCUUAGAGGUCAAAGAUCAAGGUCAUCACCAUGACAGCAAGGCCAGUUCACUGCAGUUGCUAAACCACAGUUUGGGCCCUUUGGAGUCACUAUUGAAAUGUGUCGAGAUGAACUGGAUGGCUGUUCUGGUUGGUUCCCCAUCUAGCGGUAAGUCUAGCACAGUGGAGCUGCUUGCAAGACUGACAGGGAACCAGCUAAAUGUUCUGGCUAUGAACAGCGCCAUGGAUACCACGGAACUUCUGGGCGGAUUUGAACAGGCAGAUGAGAGUAGGCACAUUGAAGAGAUCCUUGACGCUGUCAAGGGCAUGGUGACUGACAUUUGCAACAAGCAGCUGCUGCUUGGUAACCAGGACUCCCUAGCAACGCUCACAAAGGUGCAUGAACUGUGGAAACAGUGUCUUAACAAGCCAAGAACAGCUGACACUUUGUCAAGUGUGGACGAGCUCCACCAGAAGAGAACUCAAGUAUCGGACAUCUUAACAAUCCUAAGACUGUGCAAGAAGAUCGCAAGAAAUUUCCCGGAAAACUCUGGAAUGCUGUUACAGAUUUCAGCCAUUAAGAAGAGGUUGAUAAAACUAAAAGGGAAGCUCUCAUUGGCUGUUGCUGGUCAAGGGGGUGGGGCGUUUGAGUGGGUGGACAGUGUCCUUGUAAAAUCCCUGGUGCAAGGUCAAUGGCUGAUGAUUGACAACGUGAACUUCUGCAGUGCCUCAGUUCUGGACAGGCUCAAUGCCCUGUUGGAGCCCCACGGGGUUCUCAGUAUUAACGAGCGAGGGGUCAUUGACGGGGAAAUCCCAACUAUAAAGCCGCACCCAAACUUCAGGUUGUUCCUGUGCAUGGACCCAAGGCAUGGAGAAAUCUCAAGGGCCAUGAGGAACCGUGGCAUUGAAAUCUACCUGCCAGGAGAGGAAGAUGGCCAUAGCUAUGAAACAUUUGACCUAAAGCUGAUAGCCAAUGGGAUGGGUUUGCAUUCCCAGGUGUUUUUUGAUUGGCUUAUGGAGCUCCACAAUCUCCUUAAGGAAGAGUUACCCAGGGGAGAAAAACCUGGUGUGUCUAGCUUCCUGCAAGCAUGUGCCCAGGUUACACACCACCGUGACCACGGUUAUGACCUUGACGGAUCACUUCGAUUGGCUUGCUUCUGUGUGUAUGUACAGAGGCAGAGGCAUACCCAGACAAAGAAGAUUGCAACAGACAUUCUGGAGGGCCAUCUUAAAGAGUGGAAUUCCAUUUCUGCUAUUGCCAGAAACCCAGAACUUGGCCUAGUGCCAAUAUGCCUGCCAGAUGCUGCUACGGUUAUCAGUGACCCUUCUGCUGCCAUGGUGAUAAGAAACACUGCCAUGUUUGUACAUGUGGUAGAGACAUACAAAAGCAUAGAACACCAAGACAUCAAGUUAAAAGCAUCAGUGAAUCUUGCUCUGAGUUUAGCUUCUGAAGGAAACUUGUUGCUGACGAUGGACUGGUUACAAAACUUCUGCCAGAAAAAGGAAUUGGAUCAGUCAGAUGUAUACAAAUAUGUUGUUACCAGUCUGCAAAACAUCGGCCAGCAAAUGGUGACCUUUAAGGUCAAGGACAAACUUGAAAAGGUCAUGGGGUCAAGAUCAAGGCCAGAUUUUACGCUGGAUUUACAAUGGAAUCUCCAGCUUCUAGAGAGGCUGCUGUUUGCCAGCACGUUUGAGGACAUCAGUCUGGUACGAAGGAAGCUGGUCACCCUUUUCAACAGACUUCACUGCCAACAGAGGAUACAGGUGGACCUGUGUCUGCUGCAGAAACAUGUAGACAGAAUGCAAGCUGCUCUGCAAAAAGAUCGCAGUCUGGCCCGUCAGACGACACACGAGGCUGUAUCUCACCUGGUGACACUGUUCCCUUUGGUUGUCAUGGCGAUCACAGAUGACAUCCCCAAUAUGGAGCUCACUUCCUACUCUGAGGCCGCAAAGAUGCUGGAAUCAUUCUGUUGGUGGUUUAGACUGUACCAAAUUGCUGGUUCCAGUCUUCACUCAGACAAUCUCGGUUCUCAGCUCAGUCUGUACUGGAAAUGGGCACAGAAACACUUCCUUGGAAGUCUUGUCCAAAGCAACAGUGAACAGAAACAGAUGAAAGCAGCAAUCGGUACUUUACAGUCAAUUCUGAGCAAAGACAACAAGAAAUGGAAGACAUUUGUAAAGUUCAGAAGGUCACUGGGUCAUCCAAGGCCAUUCAAAGGUCAAGGUCAGGCAACAAUGCAUGCAGAAGCGGGGGAGUUGUUUUGUGUCCUUGAACUUGCCUCCAAGCCUUCUGACCUUCAAAAUGACCUGAAAAUUCAGGUGAACAUCCACUACAGGGAGUUCCUGAUUGAUGCCGCAGAGAAGUUGCUCAGUUUGGAGGUUGUUAAUGACGAGGGUCAAGUUGCAGUGGAUGAGAUGCAAGUCUCACUAAGAAAUCUGCUCAUGAAACACAAGUUGUUGUCCAAAUAUGGAAACCAUGUUGCCAUGGAAACUGAUGAUCACAUGACCACUGAAGUUGACCAAUCAGAUUGUACAAAGUAUGGAGUUGAAAAUCCUCUAGCCUUUAUUCAACUCUGGCCCAUGUUUGAGCACAUCACUAUGACAGAAGGUUUCCAGAUGUUUGAGAAGUUUGUCCUUGGAAACUUGGAUGAUUAUCAUGGGGACAGUUACCAUGGUUACAUUCGCUUGUUCACCGCAUGGAAGCCUGGCACUGUGGUGACAUUCAAGUCUGUCAGCCAGUCAUUAUUAAAGGACCUGGUGCCUAACAUUCAAACCACAUUGCUGGAGGGUCUGAGGAAAGGGCACUGUGUCAGAAACCCCGCCCUCUGGGCUCAGUGGUCGGGCAAACUGGCAGAAGACAAUGAAGAAGUACCUGAAACCAAACAGUUCACACUGCACCAGCCAGUGCUCUCCCUUGUCCUGUGCAUGCUGCUGUCAAGGUCAGACACGGAGGUCUCCAUGACGAUCCCCCCCAAUGUGAAGAUCAGCGCCCCACUGAAGAGUUACACAAGGGAGCUUACUCAGCUGUGGUUCAUGAGUCAGCACAUAUGGGCGCAUGUUGGCCGCAUCAGUGGAAGCGAUCUUUUGUCAAUGGAAAGAAGGAGCCUUCUUGCAGUGUUCAUCCAAUCAUUGAAAGCCCUUAAACCCGUCAUGUCCAAAGACUGCCCAGAUGACCUCUAUUUUGACCUCUUGGACUCUGUGGCAACGGGUGAUGACCUCACCCCUGACCUACUGAAAAAGAUUGACUACACCUUGCACGCUUACUGCACACUGGAACACAUUCAGAAAGACACCAGCGAUUUACUGGAUGCCGCUAUUGAUAGCAUUGCGAAAGUGAUUGGAGCUAACUCAGAUGACAUUGGAGACGCGGUGUGUUCUGAGGGUGGCUUUGGUAAUUUGGGGUGUCUUGGGUGUGCCUGGGUGGACACUGGGCUGUUCAACAUGAACCUUCUGGCCCCUCAGGGCCCUGUUGACCCAGUUGAGAAAGUCUUGAUCAAACUGAACAUUGCCCAGAACGAGUUGACAGAACAGGAGGCUGAGCUAGCCGUAUUAUGCUCACAUCACAGACUGGUAACUGGGCAGGAUCUUCUGCAGCAAGCAGACAGACUUGUUCACCCGCGAGUCACUUAUCUCAAUACAGGAUCAGUGGAACUUCGGAAACAAAUUGCAGAACUUGAAAAGCAGAUAGCUUUCCGACCAGCACCAUCGCAGGUGAGAGAUAUUGUGUGA